AUGCACAAACUUAUCUGCUCUGUUCAAACUUACGACUGGGGUAAGCCAGGUAAUCGAAGUACUGUAGCAGCACUGGUUAAAAAAGGUCAUCAUGCUAGCUACGUGGAUGACGACAAACCAUAUGCAGAGUUCUGGAUGGGAGUACAUAAAAAUGGACCUGCAAAACUCGAAGAUUCAUCUGAGGAUCUCUCAACUUACAUAAAGAAUCAUCCGGAAUCAGUUGGAAAACAUGAGCAAGGUACUCUACAGUUCCUCUUCAAGGUUCUAUCUGUUGAGAAAGCCUUGUCCGUCCAGAGCCAUCCGACAAAGGAAGAAGCAGUUUUGCUGCAUGCGAAAGAUCCAGCCCAUUAUCCGGACCCAAAUCAUAAACCGGAGAUGGCCAUCGCUCUCACGGAUUUCGAGCUUUUGUGUGGCUUCCGGCCACCUCGAGAAAUUCAUGACAAUCUGAAAGGUUGUCCCGAAAUCUUGGGACUAAUCGACAAUUGCGAAGACUUGACGAAGCUCUUAGACAGUAACGAAACGGUGGCUAGGCAAACACUGAAAAACGUCUUCACAAAAGUUUGGUCAUCUCCGCCGGAAGCUAUCGCCAAAGCUGUGCAGGCAUUUGUGGCUCGCAUCAAGAAAAACUCAGGAAGUGAGCUCGCCGAGCUUAUCAUUAGACUGGACAGUGCCUACCCUGGAGGUGAUGUUGGUGUAUUCGCUCCUCUCCUGUUGAACUACUUCACACUGAAACCUGGACAGGCGACAUUUCUUGGGCCAAAUCAGCCGCAUGCAUACUUAUCUGGAGACUGUAUCGAAUGCAUGGCGUGCUCCGACAAUACGAUCCGUGCUGGACUGACGCCGAAAUUCAAGGAUAUUGGGACAUUAUGCGCCAAUUUGACGUACGCAAUGAGUGGGCCGCCUAUAUUUCCUCACAAGGAUCUAGCACCAGGCGUCACACUUUAUGCGCCUCCGGUACCGGAGUUUGCCGUGCAAGCUGUUAAGGAGUACCUGACCCGCGGUGACACGAUUGAGUGA